GUUACCAUCAAAACGUCUUGUGCACUAACCACAUGCUUCACCCGGGCCAGCGGCUUGAUUACUUUUUGGCUCUAUGCUCUUUUUUCUCCAUGCUUCCCCGGGUUGGAUGUCUUCCUAAAGCGGCAUGGAGCGGCUGCCGAAGGUCGUUCCACACAUUCCAGCUAGCUAUGAAAUGAAUGGCAUUAUGAAACAUCCAGACUCACUCGUGAAGACGUUUCACCCGUCGUAUCAAAAGCUGCAUCGCUGGACCUUAUUUUACGUUCCCAGACGUUGAAAAGGUUCAUGCUAACUUUUUGCUAAUCCCUGGCGGUCGGCGGUAGCAAAAAUCUAAAUUCAGUCCUAAGAAGCGGUGUCACAUUCAGAUAGGUCUGAACCUAAUUAACAGUACGUUGAUCAGACUAUUGAUUGUCUCCCGCUGUUGUUUAGGAACCAUGUCUUUUUUUCACAUUGACGCGGAAGCUCGACAGAUCUGGAGUUUUUGUGAAUCGAAUGUCCCCCAUUAAACCUGAACUAAUUGGUAUUGUCAGUUAGGAUCGUGUGUAAACCUAAUCCCGGAUUACCCAGCACAUAAACCUUUAACACAGUUGCUCACCCGACGAUACAAACAUUAAAGCAAAACAGAAGUAGCGAGGACACCAGCAGUGCACGACAAGAUGUUUAUGUUUAGAUCAGCUCUUAUCAUUCAGUUAAAUCUUAUUUUGAUGCUAAUUCUUUAUCUUCCACCCGUCUUUUCUUGUUUCAUCUCUACAUUUCGCAGGAUGGGGAAUUAUUCAUCAUCAGUCAGUGGAAGUCUGACCAGCACCGCCUGUGUUCAGUAUGUUCAGGAGGUGGUGUCGCAGAACUGUGUGGUGAUAUUUUCCAAGACCACCUGUCCUUAUUGUAGAAUGGCCAAGAACGUGUUCAAUGAAAUUGGCGCGACCUACAAAGUGAUUGAACUGGACGAGCACAAUGAUGGGAGGAGUCUGCAGGAGGCCCUAGCUCAGAUGACCGGUGCCAGAACGGUGCCAAGAGUCUUCGUUAAUGGAAACUGCAUUGGGGGUGGCUCUGACACCAAGCAACUCCACCAGCAAGGCAAGUUGUUGCCCCUUAUUGAACAGUGUACCCCCUGCUGUGCUGCUAGUGGCUCCGAAGGCUCGGGCAGUGGACAAUUUGAGUCUGUUAAAUGACUAACCGUUCUUGUAAUUCUUUUUAAUGCUGUAUUUAUUAAAGGUUUUCUUGAACUCAUGCUGCAGUUUGCACAUUGUGUGAAUAUGUUAUUUAUUUGCCAAUCUGUAUUUGAUACUUGAUAGUUGGGAUGCAAACAUCUUGUGAGUAGUGGAGCUACUUUUCAUACAUCUGCAUUAUUAUUUUUUGGAACCAUAAAAAACAAGAGUUCCCAAGAAAGUGAUGUUUAUUUCAUGAAACUGAAUUUUAGUGAGCUCUGGAAUAUUGUUUAUAUUAAUGUUAAUGUUUGAUUAAGGACAAAUUGUGUAAUUCACAUAUUGUUCUAAGUACUUUGAUUUUUUAUUGUCAGAUUGCAUAUGGGAUAAUGUCUAUUUUGUAUUUUUUGUAUUCCAACCUGGAGUUUAACAUUAGUUGUGAUGUUUUAAAUGUCUUUCCUUUCAAAGUGGUUGGCGGUUAACUGAAUGAAUGAAUAAUACAUAGUAUUGCUGGUCACUGUUAUAAACAUAUGGACAAAGAGUUGUUUAUGUAACGCCAACAGUCUUAAAUCUGUUAACGCCUUGAAUGUGUAUAUAUAUCAUUAAAGUAUGCUCUAAAAUCCGC